CACAACCUCUUUGCAUAGUAUUUGCUGGUGAGAUUCUUAAAAAUUUCUGAACUCAGAGCAUGAUUCUGUGUAGGCGAUGCUAUGGGUAUGAUCCCUCAGCAUCUCACCAGCAGUGCAUGUUUCUGACACACUACUGAUUAGCACUGCACUGUGAGUGAUGAGCAGAAGGCAUUGCUGUGACAAGCUGAAAGAACUCUUGUGGGACUUCUCUGCUUCAUGGACCCAUUUUAAGUCAUCUGGAAAGGUGACUACUCAUGGCUGUGGCGGAGGAGUGGUGAGAGUGUCUGCAGCAGACAACGGGGAAACAGGUCUCAUAAUGUGCGUAUGCAAUGAGGAUCAUUUAAAUAAGGCGAUGUGCUCAGACCCUGAGUUUCUUCCUAUCAGCAGAGUCACCAUGAGUGAGUCUUUAAUAGUUCCUGAAACCCAUUCCAUGAAGCAGAUCACGGACAAGUUGCCUAGAUAUUCCAUGGAUGUUUUCAAGAAAUUCAAGCAAAGAACUGAGGGCCCCCUGCUGGCCUCUCCUAGAAACACAGGUCAACAAUGCCAGGCAGCUUCCAGGCCAACAACACUCUAGUCUGCUGUGUGGUGCAUCUCUGCUGUGCUGGCUAUUUAGUCAUCUGACCUCCACAUUCACAGCACAUGAUCAGUACGGGGAAAGGCUGCACAUGGAGGGCACUUUCCUCAGAGGUGACUAACAGGUCUCAAAAAUAAGUUCUCUGACAACCUGCUCAGCCCACGAACCUGGGAGACUUGACACUGAGUCCAGGACUCCAGGAGACACUGAGUCAGGGCGGGAAGAAAACUCAACAGGGAGACUAGACAGACUUGGACACCGCUGGUUCUUGCCCAUUGGUCCUCUCAUCAGCCUCCUUCAGAUGUAGACAUCUCCAUCAAGGAGUCUGUAGCUCAGAAGAACUAUCUCUGUCCCGGCUAUAGACGUCCUUGCCAGGGACGCUGCAAGAUGUUUAAGAAUGUUACAAUUUUCUGUUCUUUAAGCUAAAGGAUAAAGACCGUGGACAAAACCAGAUUCUCAUACUGUUUCAUCAGUACAAGGUUGUUGUCUUCAUUUCUUUUCCUGUUGCUGUAAUAGAAUACCUUCUUGGAUAAAGGAGAUUUAAGGAGAGAAGAGUUUAUUUUAGCUCACAGUUCAAACUACAGCCUGUCAAUACAGAGAAGUCAAAGCAGCAGAAGUUGGAGCAGCUGGUCACGUGGAAUCCACCACGAGGAAGAAGAAUGGACUCGUGUCCAGUUUGCUUUCUCCAUUUAUACACUCGAGAGUCCAUAAGGAAUGGUUCAGCCCACAGUUAAGAUGGCUCCUUCAACAUUUUCAGAAACUCAGGUUACUCUAAAGGAUGACCCCUCACAAGUAUGCCCAGAGGCAUGUACCAUGGGUGGCUCUAUAAAGUGUGUCAAGUUGCUAAUUAACACUAAUCAUCACAGUUUUGUUCCUUAAAAGAUUCAAAAGAAUUAUAAUGAGCAAACAUUCUGAUAUAUUAACACUGUGUUGUUCUGGGCUCUGAAAUGCUUUGUGCAAGUAUUAAAAUAUUAAUGCUAUUUAAAAACAGAUUUUGAUGUUAGCUUGUUGCUGGUUUUUCCUCUGCACUGUGUUAAUAAGACUUCAUCUCUGAUUAUCUGGAAGAAGUUUAAAGCAGAAAGCAUUUCUCUGUGCUCUAUUUCAGAAGUUUUAGUCCCGGUAUAUUAUUUCUAGGCCUACGGAGAUGCAGAACUCAAUGUCAGGGAACACGUGAGAGAGCAGAGCUCCCCUUCUAACAGGGGUAAUUGGGAGACCACAGAGGAACCACAGGUAAGGCAGACACCUCCAGUAUCUUCCAGCAGGUAGGCUUCAUCUCAGAACGUUGCCCUCCCCUCACUAUUGUGAGGCUGUACAUUAUGAAGCCAUGUGUGGAUCAACCCAUUGGCAGAGACUGAGCCCUCUUGAUCCAAUCACCUCUCUCACUCUCACAGCAUCCAUCCUGUGUAGACCAAGUGUCCCACACUCAGCCUCUGCAGGGCCCUUGACAUCUGACCAUAACAGAGGUGACAGAGGAAUAUUGUCACAUGCUCAUGAAUCCAGGCAUGGCAUGUGACUACUGAAGUCAACUCAACUAUUAAGAGUACCUUACUGCUGGGUGUUUUAAGAACCAGGAUGUAAUUUCCCUUAUUCUCGUUAUCACAGCAGACAACAUGGCCAAAGCUACCUUGUGCCUGUGGAUCGUAGAAUGAAAUAGAGGCAAAACAAAUUCUCCUAGCAACCUCAGUGGGCACACUGUGAAUUCCUGUAUAUUUGAAAGGAAGUCUCCAGUUCUCUCCCACCAAUCAGUCUGUCUGUCUGUCUGUCUGUGUAUAAGCAUGCAUGCUUUCUGUGUCAGUCUCAGAUCCUCACUUCUCAUGCAAGCACUCUAGCCCCCUGAGAAACAACUUGAGAUCUUCCAUCUCCACAUUUCCCAUCUCUGUCUGAAAUGACUCCAGCCCUGCUAUGUUCCUUGAUUGAAGACUUGAAGAAACUAGGGUGAGAGUAGCCAGCUCAGCUAUCCCACACUUCUGACCUGCAGGCUCUUGUAUAAAAUGAUAGUUGUUAAUAAAUCACUAAAUUUUUGAGUAAUUUCUUUAAC